CGUACCACGCACCACCGUCGUUUGCCUCGCAAGGCGGGGCAGCCACAUUCGUGUGCGUUUGAGUACCCGGUACGGUGCGAGUUGUUGAGGUCAAUAACUUCUCGAUACAGGGCUCCACUGCACCGUCCUUCUCCCAACCGUACUACUGCAUAUCGUAAUAGUAGUAAAAUUGUUCUUUCGUCUCACAGCAAGAACGUGAUUAAUGGCGGCCGGCUAAGCUGCCUAACCAUCCAUCCAACUUCAAAGAGGUUUAGCCACUGGACAAACCCGCCGGCGAAGGUAAAGGCUCCGGCAGAUCACAUCGCGGCGGCCCGCGGAUACCUCGACAAAGGAACGUGGCAACCAUAAAUUACUCCGCUGGAAACAGAAGACGGACCCCGGCCCAUUGACAGGCCGAUCCUCUUACGCAUGAUCUGGUUGGUGAGUAAAACCAACCAACUACCUUAAAUACCCAGAGCUCACGCAUCGGCAUCUCGCCGCCUGCUCUGCUCUCAGUCCAAUCCAACUCAAAACAACGCACGCGGACGCAGCCAUGGCGGAUUUGAAGGCUCCGGCCAAGGUGAGGAGGCUGGCGCCGCCCAUGUCGUGGCGGUCGCGCCUGUCAAUCUUCGCCGCGGGUUACCUCACCGACGCCACCUGCCGCGCUGACGGCACAAUCAACCGCCGCCUGCUCACCUACCUCGACCCCGCCGUCCCGCCCUCCGCCGCCCCGCGCAAUGGCGUCUCCUCCCGCGACAUCGACGUCGACCCGGCAAUCCCGCUCCGGGCCCGCCUCUUCCACCCCGUGGGCCUGGCCGGCCCGCUCCCGGUCGUCCUCUUCUUCCACGGCGGCGGGUUCGCCUACCUCUCCGCGGCCUCCCUCGCCUACGAUGCCGCGUGCCGCCGCAUCGCCAGGUACUGCGGCGCGGCCGUGCUGUCAGUCGACUACCGCCGCUCUCCGGAGCACCGGUUCCCGGCGGCGUACGACGACGGGUUCUCCGCGCUCCGCUUCCUCGACGAGCCCAAGAAGCACCCCGCCGACGUCGGGCCCCUCGACGUCUCCCGCUGCUUCCUCGCCGGGGACAGCGCGGGCGCCAACAUCGCCCACCACGUCGCCCGCCGCUACGCCAUGUCCUCCCCGUCCUUCACCAAGGUGCGGGUCUCCGGCCUCAUCGCCAUCCAGCCCUUCUUCGGCGGCGAGGAGCGGACCCCCUCCGAGCUCCAGCUGGAGGGCGCACCCAUCGUGUCCAUCUCCCGCUGCGACUGGAUGUGGCGCGCCUUCCUCCCGCCCGGUGCAGACCGGACGCACGAGGCUGCGCACGCGGCGUCCCCUGCCGCCGCAGCCGGCAUCGAUUCCCCGGCGUUCCCGCCGGCGGUGGUGGUUAUCGGCGGGUACGACCCGCUCCAGGAUUGGCAGCGGCGGUACUGCGAGAUGCUGACCUCCAAGGGAAAGGAGGUGCGGGUGCUGGAGUACCCCGAAGCCAUCCACGCCUUCUAUGUCUUCCCGGAGUUCGCCGAGUCCAAGGAGCUUAUGCUGAGGAUCAAAGAGUUCGUCGCCGGGAGCGACGGCAGCAAAUGAGCGCGACUCGUGGCAGUAUCGAUAGUGUCAGUGUUUGCGUGUGUGGUCGGAAUCACUAUAGGACCAAAGGAUUGGGUGGGUUGCCAUGACGUGUCUGGACCAUAUUCGUAGUGAACUAAAAAUAGUGCAGUAUGGGUGACGAUGUGUAAGAAUGGCUGCUACAGGCUCAUGAGUACUAGUGUCACAUAAUAGACGUUCAUUUGUUUAGGGAAUGAUUUUUUUCAACAAAAGAAAGACUGGCAGCAAUUCUAACCGA